ACUGAGGGAUGAGAUGAACAAGAAAAAUGAAGAAAUUUCAAAUCUUACUCUGAGUCAAGUGGAGGAGUUGAGAAAGGAAAAUAGAGACAGAGAAAUAGCUUUUUCAGCUGCACUGACACUGUCGAGCACUGGACAUAUUGGUCCUUUUCCCACUGAAAUCACACUAACCUACAAGAACGUCUUCACAAACAUAGGGAACGCCUACAACCCAAUUACAGGUGUUUUCACAGCCCCACUGAAAGGAGCGUACAUGUUCAGAAUCUCUGCAACUGGUAAUGGCCCAACUGCAGCAAGUGUCUUCAUUUCUAAGAAUGGAGAGCAUGUGGUUAUAGCUCAUGGUUAUCAGACUCAGGGUGUGUUAAACUCCUCAAAUGGAGUUGUGUUGAUCCUGGAGGUUGGAGAUGUUGUCUAUGUGAGACUUGGGUCUGGCACGAGGAUAUCAGAUAGCUAUAAUAACCACAACUCUUUCAGUGGUUAUCUACUGUUUCCCUUAAGAGAAGAUGAUGUUUGCAGAAUGUGAUUCCAAUCAUUCUGAACCUUCAGCGUAUGAUUUAGGAUGAAAAUCAUGAAGAAUCAUUAACAUAUGAACCUGUAUUAAUGAGGACUAAUGUGUGUUUGAAAUUUGCAGUAGAUUUCUGUAUAAAGUCAGUUUAAUACACUAUACUCUGAUCUGUCUAUACAUGUAAGUUUGUAUAAAGAGUUUCAGCACUGAGAAAGACAGGACCCAUGAAUAUCACAUGUGACUCAAAAGUGUUUUGUUAAAGUAGU